GGGUUCUGUCUGGCGGCUCCGCUUCCCCUGCGGAGCUGGCGGUUUUGUAUCAGCACGUUUGCUAGUAGCUCCCCCUGGGCGUUUUCUCAGUUGCUGCUCGCAACGUGACGUUUCCCGUUCGCGGGGUCCUUACGUUCUCAGUGCUGUCACUUUCUCGGUCCUAGAACCGCUAGUAUCUCCUAGAAACUUCCUGAACCCCGUUUUGCGGUGCAGAACGGUGAUUGCACCCAGCCGCUGUUCGCACUAGUAACUCCGUGGUACCAUCAGCCGGCGCUUUUUCUGUCACAACCCAUUAAAACGGGUUAAAACAUAUUAAACCUAUCAAACACACUGAGCGGAUUAAAACACAUUAAAAUGCCACAACACAUUUUCCUGCCACGACACAUUUGAACAGCGUUGGUUCAUUCCUACAAACAGGUUGUUUAGGCGUGGAAGCACCGCUCUUUUCUAAGAGCACGCUGUUUCUCUUCAGCAGCCCCACUUACGGCGCCGAAACGAAUAUUUGUUUGGCAAUACCAGCGCUAUCCGCUAGGUGCAGGCGCUUGCUAAAUUCAAUGCGCCAGUUUCUCGUUAGCAAGACAGAGCCCCAGCGGACAGUUUUCCCGUGGCAGCAACGCUCAUUUCCCGAAAACGGGUGGUUCUUGGCCCUUGCAGCGUUCUUUAAUACCUGCGUUCUGUAGUGCUAGUUCUCUGCAAGGUUUGCUUAGCCGUUGUUUCAUUUCGAUUUCUUUCUCGCUAUGUUUUUCUGUCGGAAUUACGGUUCGUUUUGGUUCUAUGUACUCUCUAAAAUUUUAUCGUUUUUCAUUUGUCCACGAAUCUUCGUGCAUUUGCUACUAAUGAGUUUCUUUAUAUCUGACUGGCCUCCGCCCACGGGCUCUGGAGAGCAUAAAUAGCCAGGCUGAGGGUAGUGCAGAAGACUCUCCCUCCUUGAUCAGCGCGAACCUUUGUUUCCUCCUGGUCCGAGGCUUAAGCGAUGGAGCAACAUUUUCUUGGCUGUGUGAAGCGGCCUUGGGAUUCCGCGGAGGUGGCGCCAGAUCCCGGGUCUCCGCCUAUUGUGAGUUCAGAAGAUCGUGGGCCGUGGCCUCUCCCUUUGUAUCCGGUACUAGGAGAGUACUCAUUGGACAGCUGUGAUUUGGGACUGCUUUCCAGUCCUUGCUGGCGGCUACCCGGAGUCUACUGGCAAAACGGACUCUUUCCUGGAGUCCAGAGCACCUUGGAACCAAGUACAGCGAAGUCCCCUGGGUUCAGUUGGCCGGGGACACAGAAGCAGCAAGAGGCACCCGUGGAAGAGGUGGAGCAGGGAGAGGAACCCGACAUACUCACGCUCCAGCAGCUUUCCUGGUGCAGUCCUCCCCAUUCCUGGAACAGACAGCAGGACACCGACGUCUCUGACAGCGGGUGCCUUUUGGAACGCCGCCAUCCUCCUGCCCUCCAUCUGUGGCGCCAUCCCCCGGGUUUCUCAGACUGCCUGGAGCGGAUUCUUCGCGUUGGUUUUGCCGCGUUCUCUGUACUCUGGGCGUGCUGCCUACGAAUCUGUGGAGCUAAGCAGCCUUAGAUAUCAGCAGAAGCCUCUUUGGAUUCUCCUCCUUGAAAAGAUUCUCAGUUACCAAGCGUCUCCACCUAGAAAAUAAAAAUACAUUAAGAUGUGCCUUCAUUGCUGGUUGUCAGUUUUUGAAUUCUCUUUUUUCCUGAUGUUUCUUUCUUGCUUCGUGUCGCUUAUUACUUUCAGUUUCCUUGUCUUUGAAACAUUUAUAUUUAUUUUAUUAAAUAUUUCACUUGUAUCUGUUUUAACUUGGAGAAAUCUGUUUUAUGAUUAUAGAAUCCUUAGUGUUUGGCCAAUUUUUAAUUUAUUUUUUCCGUUGUAUUUUAAAAUCUUAUUCCUCGUAUUUUUCUAAUUAUUCCUUUUUAAAUAUAUUGUUUUACAUUUAAUUUUA